UUUGGAGGCGGAGCACCAAUGGGAAUGGGGGGCCUAUUCCAAGGAGGUGUGCCUAAACUACGCUCAGUCGGAGAUGGUUUGGCUGGUGGUUCUGUGGGGAGAUCUGCCCUGAGACCCCCCAUGUCUCGGCCUGCAGCACCUCGCCCCCCAACAGGCCGCUCCUCCUCACCGUCUCCAGCCAACAAACCCUCCCCACCGGAGCAGCAGCGCUCCCACCGCCCCUCGCUGCCAGACAUCUCAUGCCCCCCGAACAGCUCCUCUUCAAGCAGUGGGAUGAAGCACAGCACCUCUGCACCUCCUCCUCCUCCACCCUUCAACAAAAACGGCCGUGGUAAUGCUCCACCCACACCAACCCAAAAAGCCCCCCCUUCCACAUCGUCCUCCCACAGCAGAGAGAAACCACCGACGCCCAGCAGAGGCCCCGCCCCAUCUAGCACUGCAAAGCCAGCUCAUUCUUCCAGCAGACCACCAACCAGUGGCUCAUCUGCACCACCCCCUCCACCGCCAUACAGACCGCAUCCAACGGGAGGUGUCUCCAAUGGGUCCUCUCAUAUAGAUGGGCCUGGGGCUCCUCAGCUUCCACAGAGGAACAACUCACUGCGCAAAAAACACUCCUCGAGUAGCAGCCAAGGUCGCAGCCAUGCCCCACCGCCUCCUCCUUCACAGCCUCAUUCCUCUCAGCAGGUCAGCAGACCACCCCCACCCGUCAGAGACCCACCUGGACGUAAGACAGCUCCCCAGGUGCCUCCUCCAAGUUCUCGUAACGGUGGAAGAGAUGCCCCUCCUCCACCUCCCCCGUACCGUGGCCACAGCUCCGAGCCCCCCAACCGGGUGGGGAAGCCGCCUCCUCCUCCCUCCCCUUCCUCCAUCUCAUCUUCCUCCUCAUCCUCCAGGACCCCAGCUGGACCUCCUCCCCCUCCUCCACCUAUCCGGAAUGGUUACUCCAGCAGCUCCUCCUCUAAAUCUGUCAUAG